AUGGCGGCCUUUCGCGUCUUACUCAACUGCGUCGACCACUACCAGGCCACCCCGACAGGCCUUGACCCUCAGUUUCCAUCAGAUGACAGCGGCCCUGAUGUGAAAUCGAAAUCAUUAAAGGUUCCAAUAAUCCGGGUUUUCGGGGCUACGGAGACUGGGCAGAAAGGGGGACUUGGCUCCCGGAGAAGGUACUUCUUCAAAGUAUACUUGUUAAAUCCACUGCAUAUGACACGGCUCGCGGAUCUUCUUAUGCAAGGGGCUGUGAUGAAACGUGUCCUGCAACCAUAUGAAAGCCAUUUGCAGUUUGUUCCUCAAUGGAUGUGUGAUUACAAUUUACAUGGAUGCGAUUAUAUCAACUGCUCCAAGGUUAAAUUUCGUUCCCCGGUACCCCGCUACUCUGAUCUUGAGAAUCCGGACCAUAUCUGGCAUAAUGAAUCAAUUAUGCCACGACAGAUAGCUGACGCUACGGAGUUCCCAAGGCAGAGCCACUGUGCCCUAGAAGUGGAUAUCCAUGUCCAGGAUAUUUUAAAUCGUAAUGAUAUCAAGCAAAGGGAAAUACAUCAUGACUCUGUGGUAGAGGGCGAUAAGAGUUCGUUUGCUGAGAAGCUGGUGCCAAGCUUGAGAGGUCUCUGGAAAGAUGAAGAGCGAAGAAGAAGAAUUAAGAUGGGCUUAACUGAUGCUGGCAGCAGCCCGUUUUCUCAACAAGACCUAGUUCCGAUGUCUUCUAAUCCGCAGCAAAUGUUUCCAGAUAGCUGGAUACACGAACAAGAGUUCCGUGAACAGGUGGAGGCUAUUGUGACAGAAGAGCGAAGGACAAGUGGUAAAUCACCGACACCAGACGAUUUCAUCCACCGUCCCGAGUUUCAAGAAUUGGUAAAAACCGCUCUAGAAAGUGUCCAGGAGCUAUAUCCGCAGAACCUGUUAGGCUCACAGGCAGACGGGACCCAGUCUCAAAUCAGCACAGAUGCCAAUAAUGGCAAUGUUGAAGUUGAUGAGAAGCAAAUUGACUCUUUUGGAUUGGAUAUGAUUUUUGGUCAAGAUGAUAUGGACGAUUCAUUUUCCCAGGAAUCCCAGGAAUGGAUGUCGCAGCAGCAUCAUGAUGAUAGAAAGAACAUUGAAAAUGAUGAGGUUGCAGCAGAUGAUAGAGCUUCAUCCUUAUACUCGAGAGAAAUGGGUCACAGAGGGCCUUUGGAUACCAAGAUAUCCUUACCAUCUUCUCAAUUCGAAGAAUUUGGUAUUCGAAAGGCAUCAGAUCCGAUCAAUAGCGAAGACAAUAUGUUUGAAAUCGACCCUGAAUUCCUAAGCGCAAUGUCCCCUGAGCCUAGGAAACGAGUCCGGGCUAAGGAAUAUGCUCCAGGACAAUCUAGUAAAAAGAAGGCCAAGGUGACUGAAUUGUUGCCCGCGAAAACGGGUGAACCAAACCCCCAAGUGUUAAUUGAGGAGUACAAUUACCUUCUCGAAGCUAUGAGCAGCCCAUCUAUCUCCUCCCAAAAUCCAAAAGUGGCGGGUGGACACAGCACGCGUCUUUCUUUUCCUGUAGUUAAGGAUCCAACUAACCCAGCUACUGUACUGAGAAUGAGCCAGCAGAGUCAACUGUUAAAACAAACACAGCGAGGCGUGAAAGGACAAGACGCCCCUUCCGAUGGAGACACUUCUCAAGGCAGUGGAAUAGUUCCUCUUAGUGGAAUGGAGAGUCAACCCGCUACUGUUAAACCAAAGGGUAGCGCCACAACAACCGUACUAUAUACCCAGUCAAUCCAACUCUCCCAAAAUGGUAAUGCCUAUAGUUUUGUCCCACAGUGCCCAUUACCUUCAUCUGUCCGCAAAACUAUUUCGGAUGACUCCAGACCUAGCAUCAUCUACCAAGGCGCUUAUUAUAGCAAUGAUAAUGAUGUUAUUGAGCGUGCACGCGAGUAUGCUGGUAGAGAAUUCAAACUUGAAAGCGAUACACUCCCCUUUCUACCGAUGUUUGAUCCUACAGGCAAUUCUCCAGCAAUGUUUGGAGAGAAACCUCCCCUUUUACUGGAUCGAAUAAAUUUUGAAACCCAAAAUAGAAAGUUGCGCAGUUCUUGCACGUUACGAACUUGGGAAUUUGCAUCGAGACCGCCAACCCCGGCCGAUGUUAUUGGUUGGUUCAAAGGGGCUAAUUCCCGGAAAGAUCAAUCGAAUUAUACUUCCGCAGAUACGACCCCUCAGGAAUAUACUGUUUCUCAAAUUGAUGCUCCCACUCAAUGUAAUAAGCAUGGUUUUAAGUAUUCUCAGAGAGUCAAAUCAUCUACAAUACAACACCAAGCUAGUUAUAUGAGUGUAAUGAGCUUGGAGGUUCAUGUCAACACUCGUGGUUCGUUGGCUCCAAACCCGGAACAGGAUGAAGUUGCUUGCGUAUUCUGGUCAUUUAUAUCCGAGGACGAUGGUCGACACCGUGGCAUCGUCGCUCUCUCAGAAUAUGGUGACCUAUCUUCAAGGCUUAAACCCGAACCUGAAGUAGAAUUUCAUGAGGAUAUAUCUGAACUUGACCUCAUUAACCGAAUUAUUGGUGUUGUUAGAUAUUAUGACCCCGAUAUAUUGACAGGAUAUGAGAUUCAUAACGGUUCCUGGGGCUACUUGAUCGAACGGGCAAGAAAAUGCUAUGAUUAUGACCUCUGUGACGAGUUCUCGAGGGUUAAAUCGCAAUCUCAUGGACGUAUUGGUAGGGAGGCAGAUAGAUGGGGCUUCAACCAUACCUCCACUAUUCGCAUCACUGGAAGACAUAUGAUUAAUAUAUGGAGAGCCAUGAGAGGGGAACUCAACUUACUCCAAUACACAUUGGAAAAUGUGACUUUCCAUUUACUUCAUAAAAGGAUUCCGCAUUAUCCCUUUGAAGAUUUAACAAAAUGGUUCAAAAGUGACAGACCCAGGGAUGUUGCUAAAACACUACAGUAUUUUUCAUUGAGGGUUGACCUUAAUUUACAAAUACUCGAGGCAAACGAAUUGAUUUCAAGGACAAGCGAACAAGCUAGAAUUCUUGGUAUUGACUUUUAUUCCGUGUUUUCCAGGGGCUCCCAGUUCAAAGUGGAAUCUCUAAUGUUCCGCAUUGCUAAGCCGGAAAACUUCAUUCUAAUCUCUCCUAGUAGGAAGCAAGUCGGCCAGCAAAAUGCACUGGAAUGUCUCCCUUUAGUCAUGGAGCCCCAAAGUGACUUUUAUACCAGCCCUUUACUUGUGUUGGAUUUUCAGUCUCUCUACCCAAGUAUUAUGAUCGCCUAUAACUACUGCUAUUCCACAAAUUUGGGCAGGAUCGUUAGCUGGCGGGGUCGAAAUAAAAUGGGAAUUACGGACUAUGAAAGAGAGCCUGGCUUACUGGGACUAUUGAAGGAUCAGAUUAACAUUGCGCCAAAUGGAAUUAUUUAUGCAAAGCAAGAUGUUCGGAAAUCGCUGCUUGCCAAAAUGCUUACCGAAAUACUAGAAACACGGGUGAUGAUUAAGAAUGGGAUGAAAGAGGACAAGGAUGACAAGCCCCUACAGCGCCUGCUGAAUAAUAGGCAGCUAGCACUUAAGUUGAUUGCAAACGUUACUUAUGGUUAUACAUCUGCUUCGUUCUCUGGCAGAAUGCCCUGUUCGGAAAUUGCGGACAGCAUUGUCCAAACAGCCAGGGAGACCCUUGAAAAGGCGAUUGCACUCAUCCACUCAGUGAAACGAUGGGGUGCUGAAGUUGUCUAUGGAGAUACGGAUAGUCUGUUUAUUUAUUUAAAGGGUCGGACAAGAGCUGAGGCCUUUGACCUCGGGGAGGAGAUAGCGAAAACUAUAACAGAUUCAAACCCGCGACCAGUCAAGCUAAAGUUCGAAAAGGUCUAUCAUCCAUGCAUACUCCUCGCAAAAAAACGAUACGUUGGUUAUAAAUAUGAAUCUCGAAAUCAGCAAGAACCUGAUUUCGAUGCCAAGGGUAUUGAGACGGUUCGAAGAGACGGGACACCUGCAGAGCAGAAGAUUGAAGAAAAGGCGUUGAAGCUCCUGUUUGAAACUUCAGAUUUAAGCCGUGUCAAGGAAUACUUUCAGAAACAAUGCUCCAAGAUUAUGCAGGGCAAGGUGUCAAUUCAAGAUUUCUGCUUUGCAAAGGAGGUCAGAUUAGGAACAUAUAGCAACAAGGGGGCGCCUCCUCCUGGAGCGCUGAUAAGCGCAAAACGAAUGCUAGAAGACCCUAGGCUUGAGCCACAGUAUGGAGAGCGAGUGCCAUAUGUGGUUGUGUCGGGGGCCCCAGGCGCCCGCCUCAUUGAUCGCUGUUUUCCGCCAGACGUAUUACUACAGAAUCCUCAGCUAGAGCUUGAUGCGGAAUACUAUAUUUCCAAGAACAUUAUUCCACCGCUGGAGAGGAUUUUUAAUUUGGUUGGUGCAAAUGUUCGACAAUGGUAUGAUGAAAUGCCGAAAUACCAACGCAUGCGGCGCACAGAGGGGUCGUUAAACGCUCCAUCUGGGCGGCCUGGCCAGGACGGCAAUACUACAAUGUUUAAGAAAACUCUAGAGUGCUAUAUGAGAUCAUCAUCCUGUGUUGUCUGUCGCAACAAGUUAAACAUUGAAGAACAACGGCAACAGAAUCGACAACCAAUAUGCAACGUCUGUCUCCGGACACAACCCCAUAUUUCACUUCUGAAACUUGAAUAUCGAAUGCAUGACUCGGAGAGAAAGGUAGCCAACCUGCAAGACGUAUGUCGUUCUUGUAUGGGCGUCGGAUGGGGGGAGGAAGUCAAAUGUGAUAGUAAGGAUUGCCCAGUAUUUUACUCCCGGAUGAGGCAGACUUCUGAGCUGAGGCAUACCCGAGCACUUCUUGAGCCAGUGCUUAGCAUCCUUAGUGAUGAGACUAAUGGCCUAGACGAAGUGGAUGGGUAUAACCCCUUAGCUUGGUGA